UCCUUAAAUUAUCCUCGGACUAAUACGAAACCGAAGGCUUGACUGAAGCCGCGGCCAGAACGCUCUCCUACCUCUUCUCUCCUCUUCGCAUAAAACCCUCGGGACGAAGUGGGGGCAGCAGAGCAUCGUCGCCGUCGGAUACCCACGAAGCCUUUGCUCUGACUUCUGACCAUGCCGAAGAAUAAGGGAAAGGGAGGAAAGAACAGGAAGAGAGGAAAGAAUGAAGCCGAUGAUGAAAAGCGUGAACUUGUAUUCAAGGAAGAUGGGCAGGAGUAUGCUCAAGUACUUCGCAUGCUCGGUAAUGGCCGAUGUGAAGCAAUGUGUAUCGAUGGGACCAAGCGCCUUUGCCACAUAAGAGGGAAGAUGCACAAGAAGGUUUGGAUCGCAGCAGGUGAUAUCAUACUUGUGGGGCUUCGCGACUACCAGGACGACAAGGCUGAUGUGAUACUCAAGUACAUGCCUGAUGAGGCUAGGCUCCUUAAGGCAUAUGGAGAGCUUCCCGAGAACACACGUCUCAAUGAGGGUAUUGCUGGUGGCCUCGAUGAGGAGGAUGAAGGCCCCGGCGAUGAUUACAUUGAAUUCGAGGACGAAGACAUUGAUAAGAUCUAAACUAGGUUUGAUAAACACCUCCUGUUCAGUUACCCUGGAUGUUUCUCGCCAUUGAGUUGUGUUUGCUGAUAGUCAAUUACACAGCAUUUGGUAUUCAUGUUAUAAAGUUGGAUCUGGUUGUGAACCCUCGUGUAAUCUCCAUUUUACCCAGCGCAAGAUUCUAUAUUUGCCCUGUC